ACCACACUGUGUUUUUCAAGGGCGAAGGAGGAAGAGGAAGGCGGAGACAUUGCAUCCAUCAUCUCUCUCUCUCUCUCUCCCACAGGAGGAGGAGAGUAGAGAGCAUCUCCAAGUUCUGGCUGUACAAUACGUUGAUGAGGAGCAGCCGGGACACACACUGGCUGGUGAGAGCUGAAGAUCCAAGUGAAUACUAAAAAUACGUUACUUUAUCGGGCUUAUCAUUCCAAAAGCGACGAAGGCGACAACAAAAAUAAGGAAAAGCAAGCGAAGAGAGAGGAGCGACAUGUUUGGCAUGAUCAAGAAUUCGCUCUUCGGAAACACCGAGGAGACGGAAUAUAAGUUGCUCAGCACAGAGACCAAGGAUGGAGUAGGCUUUGAGGUACGGCGCUAUGACACCGCCAAAUACGCCGUCGUCUCCUCUGAGGGACGCACGUUUGACCAGGUGACAGGGGAGCUGGUGAGGAAGCUGCUCAUGUACAUUGGGGGAAGCAAUGAACAAGGUGAAGCGAUGGGCACGGCGGCACCCACCAUCAUCACCGUGUACCCUCGGAAUGACGGUGUUCUAUCCCGCCGCUUGGUGGUCGCCAUCCGUAUCCCCUCAGUCUACCAGCAAAGCCCCCCGACCCCCACAGACAGUGCCAUCAAGAUUGAGGACCGGCCAGGGAUGACCGUCUAUACACUGCAGUUUGGAGGCUUUGCGGGCGAGAGCGAGUACCGAGCAGAGGCCUUGCGUUUGACGCGCACCCUCGGUGAGACGGCCCCCUUCCAGCGCAAGCAGUACUUCUGCUGCAGCUACGACUCGCCAAUUAAGCCUUAUGGACGCCGCAACGAGGUGUGGUUUAUACAGGAAGAGCCGUAGCAGCCAUUUGCUCAUUCCGGCUCCUCAUUCACCGACACUCCCGCAGCUUUAUUUGAUUGGAGAGAAGGCGCCGUGCUGCGACUUAAUCCUUUUCUUUGUAAUUGAACAGAAUUCCUCACAUUGCUGAAGCACAAGACAAGUGUAGUAUUAAGUAUGUUUGUGAGUCUAAUAGAAAUAUAUGGUUCACUGUGGAUUCUAUCGGUAUGCUUAGGCCAAGAGACCAGCAAUGUGUGGAAAAUAUCAUGCGGUGUGGAAUAGAAAAUACACUAACUCCACUUAAAGAGCAAAGAAUCAUCCAUUAAUCCCCAUGUAGAUUAAUUAGAAGUGAAUCCUUCCAGCUAAAAGACAGACGGUUAAACAGACUGCAGGGUUUUGCAUCCAUUUCAGCUUUCAGCGUCACAGAAACGUAGUCCAAAUGACACUUAAAGCAAUAAAAGUAGCAGAGCUCCUCUUUCUCAAAUAGGAACUGGAAAUAAAAGCCAUAAAGUAGAACUGAAUGGCUGCGACAGGAAGUUUGCUUGCGAGCUAUUUGUGUUGUGAUUAUGAAAAAUGUCACUUUGUGAUUCUACGUUAACCUGUAACCGUUUCAUGUGGUGAAGUACGUUUUUGUGCAUAUCCAUUUUUAUUUCUCUGGAUUCCUGGAUGCGUUUUAUGUGAUGUAUCUGUACAGUGUGACUGUGUGGUAAGACCGAGUCUUUCACAAAAUAAAAUAAUAAAUGUUGAUCAUUUUGUCAAAUAGGACAGCAACAUUAAAUGUGUUCAUUUCUUUGUACAAAAUGUGUGAUGGAAUGAUGUCUUUUUACCUUCAGUGUUUCCCAUACAGUCAUAAAAACUCGAAAUUUGCCGCUACGUGCUCACCCUCGUACAUAAACACAU